UCCCGGCCCGCUUGGCUUUUGAGGAUUUUGGAAUCCAAUUCGGAAGGCGCAGCACCGCGCGGCGUGGUCGGCGGCGGUAGGAUAGCCAAGAUGGCUGACGGGAAGGAGGGGGGCAGCGGCAGGACGUUUGCCGACCUCGGGCUGCGCCGGGAACUGGUGGAAGCCUGCGAGAGUCUGGGGUGGAAGGCUCCCUCCAGGAUCCAGGCCGAGGCCAUCCCCUACGCCCUCCAAGGGCGAGACGUGAUCGGGCUGGCCCAGACGGGAUCCGGCAAGACGGCGGCUUUCGCCCUCCCCAUCCUCCAGGCGCUGCUGGUGGACCGGCGUCCCUCCCCCUUCUUCGCCCUCGUGCUCUCGCCCGCCAGGGAGCUGGCCAUCCAGAUCUCGGAGCAGUUCCAGGCUCUCGGCUCCGCGCUGGGUCUCAGGUGCUCCGCGCUUGUGGGUGGAGUAGACAUGAUGCGACAAGCAAUCUCUCUCGCAAGACGUCCUCAUAUUGUGGUUGCAACUCCUGGGCGACUCCUUGAUCAUUUAGCUAGUACAAAGGGAUUUAGCCUUCGCACAUUAAAAUACUUGGUCAUAGAUGAGGCUGAUAGGUUGCUCGACAUGGAUUUUGAAAGAGCCAUUGAUGACAUCUUGAAGGCUAUUCCCAAAGAACGUCAAACAUACCUCUUUUCAGCUACUAUGACUAAAAAGGUUAGCAAACUUCGGCGUGCGUGUAGAAAUCCAGUGAAGGUUGAGGCCGCUUCAAAAUAUUCUACUGUCGAUACACUUAAGCAACAGUACUGCUUGGUUCCUCAAAAAUACAAGGAUUGUUAUCUUUUUUAUAUUUUGACUAAGACGUCUGGAAGUGCAUCAAUGGUUUUCACACGCACUUGUAGAACUACAAGACUCCUGUCUCUGAUUCUAUGCAAUCUCGGGUUAAAAGCUACUCCCAUUAAUGGGGAAAUGAGCCAGGCUAAGAGAUUGGAAAGUUUGAACAAGUUCAAGACGGGAGAACGUAAUAUUCUGAUUUGUACAGAUGUCGCUAGUAGGGGUCUCGACAUUCCUUCAGUGGAUAUCAUUAUCAAUUAUGACAUCCCAACAAAUCCCAAGGAUUACAUCCAUCGUGUAGGUAGAACUGCACGUGCUGGACGAUCUGGCUUGGCAAUAUCUUUUGUAAAUAAUCUUGUGCUCGAGCGGAUUGGAUGGAUAGAACAGCUAAUUGGCAAAAAACUUACCAAUUAUCCAGUAGAGAAAGCAGUUCUGUCGUGGCAUGAGCACGUAUCCGAUGCCAAGAGAAUCUCGCAGAUGACAAUCAGUAAUAGUUCUGCCACCAAGAAGAGAAGAAGGGUGGAAGCUGAUGAUGCAGAGGCUGAGAGAUUUGCUACAAUGCGGAAGAGAACAAAGGUUUUUAAGAAACAAAAGAGGUGAUGCAGAACAAGACAAGCAUUCCAGGCGACAGAAACAUAAUGCUAAUUGAAGAGCUUUCUUUUUGCACUCUUUAACUUCAUUUAUUGCUGAUGCUACAUUUAUGCAUCAUUUAAUUAGUCGUAGCAUCGUUGUGUUCCUGCAUGGUCUGACUAUUCUUGGUAGAUUAUCAAUCUAAAUUAAUAGUUUUGAAGCUUUCUUUGAUGUGUUCGGUCCAAACUCUAAACUAGACUUUUUAAGCGGAUUCGUUUUGUUACAAUUGGUAAUUUUGUUACAUUCCAAUGGAUCUCUCAAGUUCUA